AUGAGGCCAUUAGGCUAUAUUUUGAUAUGCUUCUUUGUAGGCACCGCACUUGCAGGUGAUACACAUGACGAGUCCCAUCAUACGACUCUUGUUGAAGCAGUUUCAAGCACAACCAGUACCAUGAACCAGCAACUACAGCCAACAACCUCUUCCAAUCCCGACGAACUACAAGAAACUCCAGAAGGCUUUUUAGAAUUUCUGACCCGUUGCUCGCAGGAAUGGACAAACUUAUCAACCUCAUGGCUGAGAACUAGAAAUAUGUUGGCGAAUGCACUGUUUGAAUUCCGUCUAUCAAAACUUCAAGCAACAGGAGACGAUAUCAAGUAUGUUGAUACACAGUUGGAGGUAGUAACCAGCAAGUUGACUACUAGCAACAUACAAUUGUUUAAUAUAGACGUAGAGAAAUCCAAAGUUGUGGUAACCAUCGAGAAAUUCCAGCAAGCGAUGAGGAAUCAAGAUUGGGGGACUGUUGAUCAAAUGAUUAGAGCAAAAGACAGUGCAGAAGCAUACAACUGUUAUAAAGAUUGGGGUACACUCCUUUCAGAUUGA